AUGAACAUUUAAUAUUCUUUCUUGCCCAACUAUCAAUUCUAAAGGAUAAUAGGACAUGGAACUUUCGGAUAUGUGUUUGAAGCAUAUGAUAGAACCAAUGACAAAAAAGUUGCUAUCAAGAGAAUCCAAAAAAUUUCUAAACAAUUAAGUCGAGAAUAUGAAAUACUACUCUUACUCAAAGGGUCUCCAAACAUCAUUCAAAUAGAAGUAUGAUCUCUAUUAUAUACAGGACAUAUACUUGUCUUAAACUGAUGAAGGAAUAAAUGUCCAAAAUAUCAUCUUUGAGUAUAAGGAUUUCUCUUUAGAAAAUAUAUUGGCUUAGGCAAUAAGAAACAGAUAGUUCUUACAACCAAAUCAAAUCAAAAGUCUAAUGAGAUAAAUCAUAAUAGGAUUGUGUAGUUUAUCAGCUAAAGAUGUAGUUCAUAGAGAUCUUAAACCGUAAUUUUAAUAAUUAAUUUAAGUGAAAAUAUUCUAGUUGACAAGGAUGGUAAUUUGGUCUUAUGUGAUUUUGGGAGUGCAAAGGUCAUUGAUCAACGUGGAAUGAAUACGUCCUAUGUGGUAUCCCAAUACUACAGGGCUCCUGAACUUAUCUUAUCCCACACUAAUUAUGGAGCUGAAAUUGACAUCUGGGGUAAUCUGUGGGUUUUAAUUUUAGCUGCUGGGUGUAUUUUUUCAGAGAUGAUGGACUUAAAAGUGUUGUUCGAAGGUAAGAAUGAAGGAGAUUAGCUCUAUUGUAUCUUUCAAACUUUGGGGAGUCUCAAGGAUAUUGAGAUGAUCUAUCUAUUCCAAUAUUAGUCUUACAACCAAGAGAUACAAAAGAGGUUCAAAGGAUACGAGUAGAAAGAUAUGAAGUUUUGGUUGAACAAGUUCUCCCAUAUUCCUAAUAAUGAACUUGCAAUUGACCUCCUAUUGAAAAUGCUUCAGAUCAAUCCUAGGAGACGAAUAACGGCUAAGGAAGCUUUGUAACAUCCUUACUUUCAGGCUUGAGCAAUAUAUG